CUCACUGGAACGUAAUCGCACACGCCUUCCUUCUCUUGCGUGCGAGUUAGAAUUUCAGCGUCUCGCAGAUCGUCGGGUUUCUUCUCACCCACUGGAUGAAAUUUACGAACUAACGGAGGAAUAUAAGAAUUAUCAACCAAACCGCGAUGGAUAUUAAGAGUUUAGCUGCAGUUGUCAUUUUACUUGCGUUCUCUUCGACUCAAGUUUUAGCCCAAAAUGCCACACCUGGUGUAGCUUGCGAGUCCAUGAACGGGACGAGCUGCGAGCAAUGUCUGAGCAACGUGACGUGUUUGUGGUGUAUCAAAACCAAGUCGUGCGUUACGUAUCCAGUGAGGACCAUCCUGCCACCGCAUUCACUUUGUCCGCUCUAUGAUGCCCGCUGGGGCCUGUGUUGGAUGAACUUCCAGAACUUGAUCAUCACGCUUGCAGUGUUUGGUGGCGUUAUCAUCAUCGCCCUGCUGAUCUGCAUGUUCUGCUGCUGCAAGUGUGAAAACAUUGGAUCGUCAAGGUUUGUGUCCAAGAUGGAGAGGCAGGUAAACAAGUCAAGCAACAAACAGGAGCAAAGGCGUGCCGAGAUGAAACAGAGACACGAUGACAUCAGGAACAAAUACGGCCUAAGUGGACCAAAUCCAUAUUCCCGAUUUGGAUGAGAGGAUUUAAACAGCGGGACUUUAUUUAACAAAACACCUGUUUAUUUUUUGCAGUAAUGAAUUAAUGUAAAUUGCCAUGUAAUUAUUAAACAAUAGAUGCCGAUGAUGUCAUUCAGCCAACAGAGAGGAAUGUUUUGUGACGAGACAAGGCUAUACAAGAACGAUUUUGCUUGUUUUUUUUCCCACUGCUAAAAGCGGCUAUGACAAAUAAUAUUUCUCGAGCUUGAUGUAUUUUUAGAUGUUUUCUGACCAUACAUGAUGUCUAUAAGCUGAUAUCAGUCUUAAGUAGUUCGUUUUUAUAUUUUACCAUAUUGUUUGGCUCCUGAAUAAACAUUUGGUGAAGGAAA